AUUAUACUGUGAAGCAUUUCGAAUCGGGGGUGAUCUCAAAAGAUUUUUUUAUUCUUUAAUCCUCGCAAAGACACGAGGGCCUGUGCUCUGAGCGUGAUUCACAAUGGUGAGUUUCUCAUGGCGCCAUUGCUCAUUGACCAACGUAACAUUCUUCACAACGUUAUGAAACAAUGUGGUCUGUGAUGCUGUAGGUGUGUACAGAUGGGCCAGGUGACCACGUGAGUUUCAAGUUACGGAUAGGACGGCGUUGUAGAGGUGAACGUUGAAUCAGUUGUAAUUGAUAAUGUAGUGUCUGGGGUGUAUAUAGUACUCCACACAAGAUACGCUGUCAGGUCAUUGUGUUCACAACCAUGAUGUAGGUUAGAGGCUUGCAUCUUACACAGCACGGAUCAGCGGAUCAGCUAGCGAAGCACAACCUCAAUCAAUGUUCUCAGCCAUAGUCCCCAACAUCGGAGCACAAACUGAACUUAAAGAAAUUCAUUCCUGCUGGCUAUCACGAGAAAAGGCAAAAUUAGGAUUUCAGCUACAAAAAGGAAAAGAUAUGGUGAUAACGGAUUCCCUUGUCUACAGCCCCGUAUAUUUGAAAAGAAUUCUGAGAGAUGUCCAUUUUGAAUAACACCAGAAGUUGUAUUAUAGACACACACAAGACUGGGCACAUUCGCUGACGUUGGAAACAGGAUGUUGUCCGAGUUCAUACUGGGGACAGCUGUUGUGCUGUUUCUCGCCUACAUAUAUCAGUCAAAACGGAAAUACAGCAGCAUGCCUCCGGGUCCGAAACCACUGCCAAUACUUGGCAAUUUCUUCGAAAUAAAUGAGGGUACAAUGGCACAAGAUCUCACUCAUUUGGGUUCUCAAUACAAUGGCAUAUUCACUGUUCAUCUGCUAACGACGCCGGCAAUCAUUCUGGAUAAUGUCAAAAGCAUAAGGGACCUCCUUCUUUCUCCUGAAUAUGCUGACAUCUUCAGUGGAAGGGUGAGCUCAUAUUUCAGCAAGCAUUUGGUGCCACAUGAUAUGGCAUUGCAGACGAUUAGUGAACUACAGCAGUACAUGAGAAAGUUGACCUUUCGUGGAAUAAAACAGUACGGAACUGCACUGAAAAAUGUUGAGCACCACGCCCAAGUAGAAAUCCAAGAAAUUAUCAAGAGGUGCAGAGAAAGAAAUGGCGUCUCGUUUGACCCGUUGGAAGACCUGAAUCAGUAUGUCAGCAACGUGAUCUUAAUUUUGAUUUGUGGACAAAGAUUUGAACCUGGUCAUAAGACACUGGAGAUGUGUGGCAAUAUUGCCACUGAGUUUGUGUACCUCUUCAACUUCAAGAACCAGAUUCUCAUGGACAAUGUCCCGUUCAGUACAAUGUUGAUACCAGACCUAAGACGGGCAUGUCAAACCAUGAAGGGCAGUUACCAUUAUUUCACUGAGGCUAUUGACAAAAUAUCACAGGAAUCAAAAGGUACGAUGCCCGACUGUCUCUACACAUUGCUGUUAAAAGAGCGUGAGGAGGGAAUGUUAUCAAUGGGAAACGUAAAAGGAAUACUGAUGGAUAUCCUGAUUGGAGGUAUUAUCACAACAAAAGGAACCCUUUACAGUGCCCUAGCGGCAAUGGUAAACUUCCCCAAGGUCCAGAAGAAGAUCCAGGAGGAGAUCCAAAGGGUGGUUGGAAAGGACCGACUUCCGGAUUUGGAGGACCGGAACAAAAUGCCCUACACCAGGGCAGUAGAAUUGGAAUUAUAUCGUUACUUUACGCCCGUUGGAACGCCUGGUCCAAGGCAUUUGACACAAGAUUGCACCUAUAAGGGUUACAGCAUUCCAAAGGGAACAAUGGUUACUUACAAUGUGUGGCGAGUACAUCAUGAUGAAUCAUUUUGGGAGAAUCCCUUCACAUUUGAUCCAACCAGAUUCCUGGAUGAACAUGGCGAACUGCUGCCACCGGAGGAGGAAAAACGUCAGAGACUGUUGACGUUUGGCAUCGGAAAGCGUUCUUGCAUUGGCGAGAAGCUGGCCCGAGUGAGGAUAUUUCUUGGACUGACGUCCCUACUCCAAAACUUCGACCUGACUCGUGAUCCAUCGGAACCUUUCCCUUCACCCGACCCCCGUACAUACCAGUGUGGAUUUAUCUCACAACCACCUCCUUACAAGCUACAAUUCAAACCUCGACAAUGAGAUCAUCAAUGCACCAGUUAUACAGACACAUAUUCAAAUUGAUGAGAUGUUACAUAGGAGUCAGAAAUUGUUCAUUCUGAACCAUUCAACACAGGAUCCUGGCAUGGCAUCUUGGUACACAUUGGGACAUCUUUUUGGACUCUAUGUCACAUGUGUCAUAGUUCUAAAAUGACUAUAGUUAAUCCAUAAUUAUGGCGGUCAUAAUUAAAUGAUAAGUUUUGUAUUAGCAUCAAUAUUGUUUUGACCAAUAGCGAUGUUAGUUGCUAGCUGUCCAUGUAUGAGUGAGUGAGUUUAGUUUUACGCCGCCUUUAGCAAUAUUCCAGCAACAUCACGUCGGGG